AUGAACAUUCUGGAUCCCCUGCUACGCCCUCGAGUGAGUUCUAAUAUGUUAUGCACAAACAAUUUUGAAGUUACCAACUUAGUGUCUUCGGAUAGUAGCAAAUCCAAAAAGGGAUUUAUGUCCUAUGGUGGUUGUGCUAUGACUUUCCCAGUAGAUAUAUAUUUUGAUCUUAUAUGCGAAUUUGAUGUGCAUUAUAUAACUAUUUGGCCCGAGGUGGGUCUUCAGAAAUCUCUUGGAUUUGAUAUAUUGACUGAUAAUUCGGGAACUCUCAUCACAGUUGCAAAAGGAAAGUUAGAUGAUGAACCAGGAAUGGUAAUAUAUCGAAGUGAUCUUUAUUUUGAGCGUCCUCCCGCAAGCGAGCAUGCACCACAGAUAUUUCGCAAGGUUGAAUUCAACAAGAUUCCUAAUAUCUUUAAUUUAUGUAAAAAAGUUGUUGUUCGGAUUACAAGCACUGAAGGAAACAGUAUUCCGUGCAUAUCUAAAAUCCAAAUUUGGGGAGGUGUUAGCGAUGCAUGCUCGACAGAAAUUCGCAAUCACAUAAUUGAUGUUUGGAAAAUGAAGGAUGAUGUAGGUGGACCUCUCAAAUUAAAUUGUGAUAUAAUUUAUAAAAACUCUCAACCUGAGGUUAAAGACGAAGUAAGCACCGAUAAUAAAUUUGAAGUUCCGUCGCAAUUUCUCGAUGCAACAAAUUCUAAAAUAAUGCGCAUGCCAUUGAUUAUGCCAUCGGGAAAAAUUAUUGAUAAAACUACGUUAGAUAAACAUUUAAGACAAGAUUACAACUAG